AUGAGUAGACGGCGCAUAUACUUCGCCAGCUUUGGUAGACUGCGGGGCUAUGACCUUCUUUCUGGAGAGCAGAUCUACUCGGUGAGAUUCGAAGAUGAAGCGCCCCAGGCUGGGCGAUCGUCACCGCCCACCAUGCCGGAUUUCUACCUUCUCCACGAUGGCCAGAGCGAGCUGGUGCUUAUAACGCAAAGGCAUUAUAAGUCGGUCACCAUCACAAUCCUGAACGGCGAUGAUGGGGACAUCCUACAGCAGGUGGACACUGAGUGCUGGCCAAAUCCACACGUGCUCGUUCCCUGGAGCCGGAUGGCAUUCGUCGUUGUCAGCUAUAAGGGCCCUCCAGAAUUACAUUACAAAAUGCAGACUUUCUCGCCGAGCCGCGACGGGUUAUUUACCGAGCGGACGAUAGACACUUUUACGCUCGAUUUCAGAUUGACGAGAUCCUACCUCGUUGCCGUUAAUCCGGUCUGGAAUGUCGUUGCAUACCAUCUUGAGCACCAAUCGAUUCCCGCGGUAUGCAGACUCUCGAGCGACUUGUCUAGCGACAAUGCUCCGCCAAAUUCACUUGAAAAUUCCACCAAUAGGAAUCCAGCUGAGCCAGUAGGCGACAGACUUCAUCCCAGCAACCCCCAACAGCUCACCCUACCCCCACGAUACUCGCACAAGACGCGCCGACCGUACGUCCUAGAGAGCCAGUUCUACUACCCGAGUAAAAUGCGGUUUGUGGACGGUGACCGGCUUCUCUUUGUUCCGUUGCCUCAUAAGUCAGGGGCCUGGUGCAUACUAUCUCUUUGGUUUUCGACCGAGGCCGCGGUGGAGUCUUCUAGGGGACUUGGUGCGCACUUUCUCUUCGUUCUUCAACUCUCGUCCCGGGGAAGAGAGUCUGUCCACUGA